AGCUCAGAUGAUCCAGUCAGUGAAGCUAUAGUGGAAGAACAAUAAAGUGUCUAUAGACAAGAAAUAGCGCGUUUAAACAAUCUAUCUGGAGGUAAGGAAUGACAAGUAACAUCAUUCUAGUGGGCUACUUUUGUUAGUUUUCGUAACUAUUAUAUGUUUAUUAAUUAAGUAAUAAAAACUUUACUUACUUGCUAAAGAUUGCCUCUAUAUACAUCUAAAAAUAAUUUGAGUUAUUGGAAGAAGUUCAACCCGUCUACUCGACUAAAACAUUGGAUUGACUUCAAGACACAUGUGUCAGAGAGGGCCGUCGCGAGGAGAGAAAGCAGAGGAGGUGUGGUGUUCCGUUUGCCGACGAAGUUUAAACCACUAAUCAACGUUUCGUAUCGAAAAAUUCGGUCCUCUAAAUUGAUAUUCACAAUCAAAAAAAUUUUCGGACAUUAGAUUAUCUUAUUUCCUUAGUAUUUAGUUCGUAAAUAAUCUUCACCUUUUGCAUGGCUAUAGUUCUUAGUUUUUAAUCCGUGUCAAUCACUUUCCGUCCUGUCAAAUUCAAGUCUUCCCGAUCUAUAAGAAUUAUUUAUUCGACAAAAUGAUUUAUUUUCCCAAAAAAUAUUUCACUUCGACGACAAGAUUUUGGGCCGGGGGAGAGAAGAUUUAAGUCAAUUGGAAAGAAUAAGUCACUGUAAACAGUUCCUUCACAUCUGUGCAAGUGCAUCUAUUAAUAAUAUAUCGUGCAAGAAAUCUCAAAGUAGCUGCUUGCGAAAAAUAAUGCAGCCGCAGCGACUGAAGAUUUUGAGUAAAAUUCCUUGAAUAUGUAUUAAUUAAUAUGAGCAAAUUUUCUCAAUAUUUAUUAAGUGAAAUUUUAAAUUUACUCAAAGUUUUGAGAAGAUAUACAUUGUGAAUAUGUUGAUAAAUUUUCAGUCGCCGCUUACACAAGUUUUCAGUUAAAAUGUUUUUGACUUUUCUCUUGCACUGAAAACAAAAUUUCAUUUUUUCACAGAAAUCUUUAUCAACUAUACUAAAAAAAUGAAGAGCAUCCUCUUAAUUGCCUUGGCAGUUUCAGUCAUUCUCUCAGUCACUCAAGCCCUUAGCUGUCUGAGAUGUGACUCACCCCAGAUCAAAUGCACUUCGUUAUACAAACUGAAUUGCAAAGGUGGACUGAAAAGUGGUGUAUGUGGAUGUUGUCCUGUUUGUGCCAAAAUAAAGGGGGAAAAGUGUGGAGGACCUUGGAACAUACAUGGCGAAUGUGAUUGUGGCUUGAGAUGUUAUAAAAGCCCAAAGGUUAUCAUAAAGCUGGGACAAUUUAAUGCACACGGAUUAUGUAUACCAAGGUAAGACUUUUAUGUGAUAUUUCAUAAUUGAAGGGUUUUUGUACAUGGAGGAGGAUGGAAAUUUCGAACGAAAGCUCAUAUACAAUUUUCCAACCUAACGAGGAGCAACAGCAAAGGCCCAUUAUGUCAGUUAUCGAAUCUGAGGCCCGACAGUCGGUCCAGCGCUCUAAUUAGCUGAGCGAUAGAGUCCUAUUAGUUCUAUCCACUUAUCGAGCUAGAUGCCAAAAAUGUUAAUAAUAUUCGCCCAUGGCCAUGUCUUAUUCUGACAUUUCCCACUAUAAUUAUACAAGAACUUGUAGCUAACGCUUCUUAAUUGGAAUGUGUAGCUCAGUUGGUUAGAGCGCUGCACUGGAAUCGCGAGGCCGCAGGUUUGAUUCCUGUCAGAGAACCUACGUUCGCUGGUGCUUCGGGUUUGGUCGGAAAAUGGUAUGCAAUCUUCCGCUCGAAAUUUUCAUCAAUCAGACAAAAUGGCUUUUAUGUUACAUUCUUGAUAUAAAGAGUUGAAACAUUACCAUGUUGAAAUAAGUGGUGUGGUGGGGGCCAGUAGCAAUGUCUUUGAAAAUAUUUAAGAUGCAGAUCAGUGGAAUAUUAUAAAAUUUGAUAAUCAGUUCGUAAAUUUAAAAAAUAUUCCUUUAUUUCUUUCUUUUUAGCAAAAGGUAUCGCAUAUAAUUACAACUAUCAAGAAUCUGUUUAAUAAUUAAUUAACUGUUAAAUCUAUCAAUUAAACUCUAUAUAGAUAGAGAAUAGUUAUUUCUGUUUACAGCAGGUAUUGCUCAAUAGUUAAUACUACUAUUCAGGGUGUAUUAAAAAUUGGAAUCCAUUUUUUAUGCUUGAUAAUUUGUUAAGUACUGGUCCCUAUAAUAGAACAUAGUUUAGCCGUUCUUUAAAUCUUGAUCCUUUCUGUUCCGAUCCUUAUUCGUGUCUAAACCUUGAAUAUUCAUGUUUAAACUUUUGAAUAUUGUAGUUGCUACCCGAGAAAAAGAAGUCAAAAUUAUUUUGAAAUACCUUUUAAAGAUACUCAUUCGUUUCAUAUUCUUGGAACAUUUCCAAAAAUUAUCAUAUCUAUCUCGAACCCAAACUGAAUUAGUAUACAACUUGGUGAUGCAUGUAAUAGUACAAUCAAAAUAGUAAAUAGGUCAGAAAAAAUUAAUAAAAAGCCAAAAAUGCAUUCUCUUCAGCAACCUUGAUAACAUACUAAAAGUCCUCAUGUAUCCUCUUGCAGCUUUCUCCAUUAUGACAAGUUUUUUGUUCCAUUUCCCUAUUGAACUCCUCUAUUAUUAAAGAAGUGAAUCGAGAAUAUAAUCCGACAUGACAUCACAUGUUUAAUUGGACAAUUUGAAAUUUUAUUUUCUCAAAAAAUUGGUGAAAAGCCCCAAAACUGUCGAAAUACCACGAUUUGCAAAAAACCGACGAAUUUUGCAAGAAACGGCACAAGAUCUCCCAGGCGCAUCUCAAUUUGCGGUGCCUCAAGUCCAUAAACACCUGCGCUUGUUCGUCUCGAUGUACUACUUUAUGUAAACCUCUCAUAUUGUGAGUCGCUUGAAUUUUUUUAUCUGC